AUGAACGGGGAAGCAGAGAUAGCAGAUGAGAAAGACUGGAAGGAACUUGAACCCAACUACACUGUCAAAGUCUUCUUGACAGUGCUUUACAGCUUCAUCCUGGUGACCGGUAUUGUGGGUAAUGCAGUCACUAUCAGAGUGACGCAGGUGCUGCUGUGUAAUGGCUACCUGCAGAAGAAUGUGACGGACCACAUGGUGAGCCUGGCGUGCUCGGACCUCCUGGUGCUCCUCAUUGGCAUGCCGGUGGAACUCUACAGUGCCAUCUGGUUCCCCUUCACAUCCGCAUCUGGUGAUGUUUCCUGUAAGAUCUACAACUUCCUCUUUGAAGCGUGCAGUUACGCCACCAUCCUCAAUGUGGCGACCCUUAGUUUCGAGCGCUAUGUGGCCAUCUGCCACCCGUUCCGUUUCAAAGCCUUGACCGGAAGGCGGACCACCGGCCUCAUCACCUUUGCCUGGCUGACCUCUGUGGUCGUGGCCUUACCGUUGCUGGUUGCCACAGGAACAGAGGGCCAUGUGCCUGCUCGAGCAAGCGGUCCCGUGCAGAAUCUGACUUUCUGCACAAACCUGAGGGAGCGGUGGGUGAUGUACCAGGCCAGCAUCUUUGUGGCAUUCAUCGUCUACAUGGUGGUGCUGGUCUGUGUGGCCUUCAUGUGCCGAGCUAUGAUCUUGGUUCUGCGGAAACCCAUGGGACCCUCAGCUGGAGGAACACAAGGACCACCAAAACAUGAAAGUUCAAGGGUCAAGACAGCCAGGAAGCAGACCAUCCUUUUUCUUGGUCUCAUCGUCGGGGCCCUUAUGGUCUGCUGGCUGCCCAACCAGGUUCGACGCCUGAUGACGGCCGCCGUGCCCAAGUCCGACUGGACCAUGUCCUACUUCCGGAGCUACGUAACUCUUCACCCUGUGGCCGACACCUUCUUCUACCUCAGCUCCGUCCUCAACCCGUUCCUUUACAACCUCUCCUCCAGGCAGUUUCGGCAGGUCUUUGUCCAGGUGCUGCAGUGCCGUCUCACCAUUCAACACGUCAACAAGCGCACCCUGCAGAGCUCCCAGGCUGCCUCUGCCCGCUCCCUCCAACCCCUGCUGUUGAAGUCGCUGCGUCGCAGCCGGGGGAACCCCUCCACCCAAGGAAAAGCCAAAAACCCUCCCACAUUUACAACCUUUCAGAGCAAAAGUGACUCCGGUGUGCAUUCAAACACUCAGGAGUCCCUCAGCCCCACUGAAGCAUCAGAUUCCAUCCCCAAAACAAAGACAAAUGCACCCUCGGAGACUGAAGUAUAA